UUACCUUGACAGUUCCUUCAUACGCCAAAAUCAAACUUUCAAUCUUUUCCCAAUUUUUCGGCCGUUUCUUCAACAAAAUUUUUCGUGGUCAAAAUUUUCCAGUAUGGAUAUAAUCGCGGGUAAAGUAGCUCUUAUUACUGGAGGAGCUACUGGCAUCGGAGCAGCCUACGUCAAAGAACUAUUCAAAAGAGGCAUGAAAGCUGCAACUAUUUCCGACAUAGACGACCGAGGUGCUGCCCUGGCAGAAGAAAUAAACUGUUGUUACGGAAAAGGAAGAGCGAUAUUCAUCAAUGCCGACGUCACGAACUGUGAAGCUUUCAAGGGCUUGUUCGAUACCAACAUGAAGAAAUUCGAUCGUCUUGAUCUAGUGAUCAAUAACGCUGGCAUUUUGCGUGAUAAAACCUGGCAGCGAAUGCUAGAUAUCAAUAUAUCUGCAACAGUCAGAGGCAGUUUGCUGGGUAUCCAGUACAUGGGAAGGAACAACGGAGGUUGCGGAGGAACCAUCGUAAACACAGCUUCUAUCCUAGGACUACAACCUCUCACUGGCUGUCCAGUGUACACAGGUACCAAACAUUUCGUUAUUGGCUUUACCAGAUCCAUAGGCACCAAGUACUUUUACGAUCUAACCGGUGUAAGAUUUUUAACAAUUUGUCCUGGAGUAACAAUAACUCCCUUGAUAACGGACGCAGAAGAUUGGGCGUUUGACGGCUUUCCCAACUUAGGGAAGACACUGGCUCAACAGCUGGGGUCCCUGGAGCCUCAGUCAGUGGAGUGGCUUGCUGAGGGAUUGAACACCAUGCUUAAUGAAGGAGAAAACGGAAGUGUUUGGGUCGGUGAGGAGGCUAAACCCAUUUACGAAGUGGCGAUUCCAGAUAGAAAAACAUAUAAAAAAGAAAGGAAAUGUUAAUUAUAACUUAGUUAAUUUAAUAUUGUUAGAUGAGCCCAAUUUAUAUACCCGUUAGAAUUUAUAAUGUAUAUAACGAUAUCGUGUUGUAAAUAAAAGAAUAUGUAUUGUCA